AUGAAUUCACAGACAUUUCCUCUUCUAAUACCCGAAGACACGGAAGGAUCCUCUUAUCUUGGGUUUAUCACUAUAAAGGGUCAGGAGAUUCCUUUCGGUAUACAUAUCGACCAACGUAAUGCGAGAAAUCUAAAGAACGCGCAUUUACGAGGAAGCCCCGAGCUUUGCAGGCUAGUGGCUGGGCAGGAACACCGACUAGAACAGUGCUCCACUCUGGAAGAAUUCUUGAUUGAUCUCAAAGAUCUACUUGAACAACUAGUGACAAAGGAAGAAAACGAACUAAUGCGCUCUGGUACUUAUUAUUCUACCUUGUUGGAAGAACUAGACGCGAUUGGAUGGGAUAAACUGCAAUCGAUUGACCAUGCGCUUAAGAAUAUAUCGCUUCGGAUAAAGUACAUUGGACAGCAUGCUCUACUUUUUGCUUGCCGGGAAGCUAUAACAUAUAAUCACACCGUAUUUAACGUAUUGAUUUCACAUAGUGAUUCAUCAGGCAGACAGCAUACAAUAAAGGUUAUUCUGCCUUCUUCCUACCCAUCCGAUCCACCUAUCGUACAUGUUGACUUGCCGACGUCGAUAUCAAUUUCGUUGCAUAGCAAAUCUGGUCUACGGAAGAUAAUAUCAUUAUUUCAGGAGGAAGUCAAACAGUUUCAAGAUCUUUGGCUGUUGUUGGAAGACUUUGAUAAUCAUACAUGGGUAUUGGAACCAGAUAAGCCCAAGCGGAGUGAUUUAAUGCGAAGAAUAGCACUUGGCAAUCAUUGUUCGUUACAGAUUGAUGUUGAUGUUAAGAACCCAAGAGGAAUCUGUGAGUGUAGACUAUUUGGAAGCGAGAAGACAGUUGGUCCACUGCAAGAUCGCUUGAAUAAGAAUCUUAUGAGAUGGGAUCAGUCAUUAACGAUUCGUCAAAAUCUAGAGGCCAUAUUAGAGAUGAACUUCCCUUCGCCAUUGACGACUUCAAAAUCAGAAUUCAACGUUGAAUGUGGGAUUUGCUAUUCUUAUCGAUUGAACGAUGAAAUUCCGUCGCAAACAUGCAAUAAUGAGAAGUGUGGUCAGCCGUUUCAUCGAGCUUGUUUGUAUGAGUGGCUGCGUGCAAUUCCCACUACUAGACAGAGUUUCAACAUGUUAUUUGGUAAUUGUCCAUAUUGUGAUGAUAACAUUACGACGAUGGUUGUAGAAAAAUGA